AUGGACCAAGAACAGGAAUUCGGAGCUAUUCUGGCCACUUACCUUCCUGCCCUUGGAGCAGGAUCUAUGCCUUGCCAGGAUACUGACAUUUGGGUACAAUGCGUCAUUCCAAAAGACCGGGAAUGUGUUUUGACGCUGCUCGACUUCGCGAAAGACCUACUGUUCGACCUGAGAUACGGCAAAGAUCCGGACAUGCAGGAAUUGAAUAUGGGGAAAGUGCCCAUAAUAUUUGUGGUUCACAGCAUGGGAGGCCUAGUUAUGAAAGAGGCGUAUAUCCAAGGGCAAAACGACCCAAAGUACCAGUCAAUUAUCAAAGCCAUCACAGCCAUCACCUUUCUUGCAACCCCUCAUCGAGGAGCGGCACUGGCGCAAACACUGAACCGGAUUCUGGAUUCGAUCAGGAUAAACUCAAAGCAAUACGUUGCAGAGCUGUCGCGAAACUCGCUCACGCUGCAGAAACUGAACGAGCAAUUUCGACAUAUCGCUCCACUACUGGACAUUGUGUCAUUCUACGAGACAAUGCCUACAAGAAUCAAAAGUGCUAAAGUUAUGGUACUGGAAAAGGAAUCGUCUGUGUUGGGCUAUCCUGGAGAAGUAUCUAAAGCACUGAUCGCGGAUCACCACGGCGUCUGCAAAUACGAAGGACCACAGGACCCCAACUACAUAGCCAUUAGGAAUGUCCUGAAAUCACUUGUUGGAAGGAUCAUCGCAAAGGAAAAUGCCCAGCAGCCGGAGGUUUCGGAACGAAGAGCAGGUCUCGAGUUGAAGUCUAUGUUGGCACUUUCAGAGCUUCCUGAACUGGAUUACAUCUUCUUCAGAGAUCAGUGGACAGACGAUACCAACAACUGGAUUAAGAAGGACAAGACUUAUCUCCAGUGGCGAGGUGCUCAGGGUGAACUGAGCGUGCUCUGGUUGAAUGGUGGAGCCGCCACGGGGAAGUCCGUUCUCGCUUCAACUAUUAUUAAUAGCUUAGUCCAGGGCGGAUACCGCUGUCAGUACUUCUUCGUUCGACACGAAGACCGCAAGAAGAGGACUAUGGGGUUCUUGCUGCGAUCACUCGCGUUCCAAAUCGCGCAGGCCCUCCCCGAACUGACUAGCCAGCUGAUUGAGUUGAAAGACGAGGGCAUUGACUUCGAGAUCGUUGACGCGAAGAUCAUCUGGAACCGCAUUUUCAAGGCCACAAUCUUCAAAUCGACUUGGGAACAGCCAUUAUACUGGGUGAUCGACGGCUUGGAUGAAAUAGAGUCUCCAAGAGGCGCCAUCAGAACCUUUCUGGACAUCACAUCCUCUUCCCCGAUUCGCUUACUGCUUUCAAGCCGGCACAAUGCAGAUGUCAUCGACGCAUUAAACAGACGUCCUUCAAAUAUCCAGUUCUCGAUACUCAACAUUGAUGGCCAUCUGGAGGACAUUGGAAUCGACGUUUGUCAGAAACUCAGGGUGCCGGGUUCCAUCGAGGUGAAGGAGGCACUAGAGCAACAAAUCGUGGACAAGUCUCGAAAUAACUUCCUAUGGGCCCGACUGGUUGUUGAGCGUGUAAAUCAAUGCCAUACACUAGAGGACAUCGAGUCAAUACUGCAUCAAAUACCCGAAGGCAUGGAAGCACUGUAUGACCGCAUGGCUUCUGCUAUGGACAACAUAUCCAACCCUCACGACAGAGCACUGGCUACGAAAAUUUUGCAGACCUUAACGUGCACCAUACGUGUCCUUUCAGUAUCCGAAAUAGGCCAUGUUCUUGGUCUAAGGGCAAAGCUUGGCCGUGAUCAAGUUCCCGAAUUCCUGGAUUAUGCUGCCGACGCGUGGUCAACUCAUCUACUGCAUUCUACACCAGUGGAUGAAGAAACUCUGUCUACACUAAAACGAUUCCUCACAGGCAGCUGGGUUCUCACCUGGAUCCAUGCCUUGGGAGCCAUAGGACACCUGAGGGUGCUCGCUCAGACCUCCAAGGAUCUCUACAAGCUUGCACGAGAAAACAGACAAAACUCGACUCUUGAUAUAGCCGAACAAGAGCUGAUUUCGAGCUGGUCAGUGGACCUACUCAGGGUCAUGGGCAGAUACGGUAGCCUCCUGCGCCGUAGACCGGACACCAUUUACCAAACUAUUCCUCCUUUCUGUCCUAAGGGGUCCUCAAUCCAUCAGCUGUUCGGGAACUCAGAAGCCUUGUCUAUUGUUGGAAACAUGGCAGAGAAAUGGGAUGACAUAUUUGCGCGUAUUACGGUACCUGAGUCGUUCGCCUCAUCGAUACAGACCGCUGGAUCCAAUCUCGCAGUGCUGGCAGCUCCUGGGAAUAUCCACUUAUACGAGGCUUCGGAUUUCCGAGAAACAGGAUGCAGUCCCAUCCAGCACGGAGAGCGUGUGGACAGAGUCCAGUUGAACAACAAAGCGUCACUGCUGGCAUCCUACGGCUAUCAUACGACAAGGAUCUGGAACAUUCAUACGGGGGAAUGUAUCUUGUCCGUCAACAGCGUGGAGUCGAAGACGAGGCUUUUGGCAAUGUUGUUCACCAACAACGACUCGACGCUACUUGUCGGCUCAGAUGAUCGUCGAGUCCGCACUCUCAAUCUACGUGAGGCUGUGCCAGCGUGGGAGGUCAUCGCUGACCUGGAAGAGUUCGGGCUUGAGCAGCAUUUCACCAACUCAGCUAGUCAUAUGGCAUUGAGUCCAGACGGAACCAUGAUUGCCGUCGGCUACCGCCGUCACCCUGCUUCGGUGUGGGAACUAGAAGGUCCUACUCAUAUUGGGCAUGUCCGACGCAAAGACGACGGUUCCAUGGUUCGUGAGCUACGCGAGCUCGUAUGGCACCCGUGCCAGCCUGAAGUCUUGGGUCUUACGGUCGAAGGGGUUUUGUUCAGAUGGGCACCCUACGAGGACACCUACGAUGAGCUGUCUGUUGAGGCAUCCAAGAUGGCUAUCAGCACCGAUGGCGAACUGUUGGUGACCGGUGAUGCACACGGCAGAGUAAAGCUAUUCACCACUGAGAAAUUCUCCCUUCUGUGUCAAUUAUCUUCCGAAGAGGCGGUCUUUGGCCUCGCAUUCAGUCCCGAUGCCAAGCGUUUCUACGAUAGCAGAGGCUUCCAUGUGAAUGCUUGGGAGCCGAACGCAUUGGUUAGGCACGCAGAGAGGUCCGGAGACGUCGAUACAGCCAGUGAAUACUCCAUGUCGCAUGCGUCAGAGAGAUCAUCUGGCCUCCCUGGAGCGGUGGACCCAAUCACUGCACUGGCUGGGUCACCAACCGGAAACCUCUACUGUUACGGCACCCAGAAAGGAGUCGUCAGGCUGCAUGACAUCAAGGCCGGAAGAAUCGCUACCCUAUAUGCAUCACGGGCGAAAUUCGGGAUAGAACAUAUCGUGUGGAGCAUUGACGGCAGUCACAUAUGCGUUUCAGAUUUCAGCAAACAGCUUCUUGUCUUCAACAAAUCAGCCAACGGGGCCGACACCUCGGUAUACCAACAGAUAGCGUCAAUAUCGAUGCGACAAUUGGCCAAAGGCCAAAUCACACAGCUACUUUUCCAGCGCGUGGCGAGUCACAUUCUGGUGCAUACUUCGUCGCAAAUACACACCAUAUCGCUGUCUUCCUAUUCGGUUGAAACGUCGAGAGAGCUCGGCUCUGUUACUUUCCAGUGGGUGCUCCAUCCAACCAACGACACGCUGUUUCUCGGCUUUGAUGUGCACAAAAUCACAAUCCUGGACUGGAAUCUGGUCGAGCAAGUCAAUUUCGAAAUCCAAUGGCCACGAGGACCUGGCGACGUGCAGAUUCAGUCCAGCAGCGUCCGGUUCGGCCAAAUACUUCCUUCUCAAGACAACUCCCGCUUACUGCUGCACAAAUCCACUGCCCGCGAUAGAGCAAGAAAUAUGACCUUGUUCUUCGUGAGCACAGCUGAUUUGGCGCUUCAUGUCCGAUCGGAUGGAGAGGCAGAAGGCAUCUCAUCUACAAUCAAGAUGCACCGAAUCCUGCCCGAGCUGUGUCAUGACGUCUCACUUCCGCUUGGGCUGGUAUGGGGGGACCGCCUGAUAUAUGUGUCCAAAGACUUUGCCGUCUGCUCUAAGGGUCUCCAAUGGACAUCUGAGUCCACGAAGUCAUCCACCCUGCACCCAAGGACUCAAAGAAACAUGAGAUCAAGAGCACUUGCCAGGGUAGGUGUCGCGUCGGACGGGCCCCAUGGCGCAGCGAAGGAACUAUUCGUGUUUCCUGGCGACUGGGCCAAUGAACAAGCGUUGAGGCUAUGCAGUCUGUGGAGUAUCGAAACAUCUCUACUGUAUCCAGGGAAUGGCGAGGUCGUCGCAGUGAGAUGUGCAGCUUUGUCUCGAGGCUAG